UGAUGCUGAGCCCAUGGUUGAUACUUACAGCUACCACUAUUACGAUCUAAUAUAAAGUACAUGAAGGUAGAUAUUAGCUGCAGCCGUAUCGAUAUGUUACGUGGGCCUGUUUAAACUGUCAUGCACGUCACUACUAAUCAACUUUUCUGUCGCGAUCACAGUAGAUACGCGAGCGAGAGUGUAGCGGGAAUUUAUUUAGUAAUCGGCCGGCAGCCGCUGGCUUGGCUUGGUUUUCUGGUUAUCGGCGUAGCGACGUGGACCAAUAUUCCGAGCUUAGUGUUUUUUAUUUUUUUCAUUAGGGUAAGUGAUUUUUUCGUACAUACGCUACUAAUAAACUCUACUCUUGGGACUGUUAUUUUUAGAUUAGCUACAUGUUACAGCUCCACUGUUAUAAUGUGUGGUUGCACGAGGAUCCUGAGAGCCUGCAAGCCGCUGCCCCCGUCAUGGCACCUGCGGCUUUACAGUUCUUCAUCUGCUCCCCCCACCAUCCCUGGAGUGCCAUAUAAGAAACUCACUGUUGGCAUACCUAAAGAAAUUUGGAAUGAAGAAAGGAGGGUGGCCGUUGUACCAGCAGUAGUUAGCAAAUUAGUAAAAAAGGGUUUUAGUGUUAAUGUCGAAGAGAAUGCUGGAUUUUCGGCCAACUUCAACAAUAAGUUAUAUGAGGAGGCUGGUGCUAAAAUAACCUCUACAAAGGAUACAUUCCAACAAUCUGAUAUCGUUCUAAAAGUCCGUCCACUUUUAGAUAAUGAACUUCCAAAUAUAAGGAAUGAAAGUACUUUAAUAUCAUUUUUAUACCCUGCUCAAAACCAAGACUUAAUCAAGAAACUUGCUGCCAAGAGGAUUAAUGCGUUUGCAAUGGACUGCGUGCCGCGCAUCAGCCGCGCGCAGGCUUUCGACGCGCUGAGCUCCAUGGCCAACGUGGCCGGCUACCGCGCCGUCAUCGAGGCCGCCGCCAACUUCCCCAGGUUUUUCUCUGGUCAGAUGACAGCGGCGGGACGCGUGCCGCCGUGCCGCGUGCUGGUGGUGGGCGGUGGCGUGGCGGGGCUGGCCGCGGCCGCGCAGGCGCGCUGCAUGGGCGCCGCUGUGCGCGCCUUCGAUACGCGUCCCGCCGUGCGCGAGCAAAUCGAAAGUCUUGGCGCGCAGUUCAUAACUAUGGAUGUUAAGGAGGAUGGUUCAGGAGAAGGUGGCUACGCCAAGGAGAUGAGUGAAGACUUCCUUAACGCCGAGAGAGCCCUGUUAGGAAAGGAAGCAAGAACUUCUGAUGUCGUUAUAACUACUGCUCUCAUCCCGGGCAAGCCCGCGCCCCUGCUCAUUUUGGAGGACGCGGUCCGCGACAUGGCAGCGGGCAGUGUGAUCGUCGACCUGGCCGCGGAGAUGGGCGGCAACGUGCAGACCACCAAGAAGGGCGUCGUCACCACGGUGCACGGAGUCACGCACAUCGGGCUCACCGACAUGCCCAGCAGGAUGCCGGCGCACGCCUCCACGCUUUACGCUAACAAUAUCUCUGGACUGCUUCUUAGCAUGGGCACAAACGACCACUUCCACAUCGACCUGGAGGACGAGGUGACGCGCGGCGCCAUCGUGCUGAAGGCGGGCGAGCUGCUGUGGCCGGCGCCGCCGCCGCCCAGCAUGGCCGCCGUCACCGCCGCGCCCGCCGCCGCCGCGCCAGUUAAGGUGGAACCGCCCAACCCUUUCAAUGACACUCUCAAGGACUCCUUCUUGUAUUCCACAGGGCUGGCUUCGCUAAUUGGCUUGGGCAUGGCAUCGCCCAACCCUGCAUUCACGACCAUGACCACGACACUCGCUCUAUCAGGCGUGGUGGGCUACCACACGGUGUGGGGCGUGGUGCCCGCGCUGCACUCGCCGCUCAUGUCCGUCACCAACGCCGUGUCGGGCAUCACGGCCGUGGGCGGGCUGCUGCUGAUGGGCGGCGGCUACGUCCCCGAGACUCCGGUGCAGUGGUUAGCGAGCACGGCCGCUCUCAUCUCGUUUGUAAACGUGUUUGGUGGAUUCUUGGUCACCCAGCGCAUGCUUGACAUGUUUAAAAGACCCGGUGACCCCCCAGAAUACGGAUACUUAUACUCCAUCCCAGCAGCGGCCUUACUUGGAGGUUACCUAGUUACAGCAAUGCAGGGCUACCCCGAGGUUCAUCAAAUGGCGUACUUGGCGUCCUCGCUGUGCUGCGUGGGCGCGCUGGCGGGGCUCAGCUCACAAACCACGGCGCGCAAGGGCAACUAUCUCGGAAUGAUUGGCGUCGCCGGGGGCAUCGCCGCGACGUUAGGCGCUUUGACGCCUAGUGCCGAGGUGCUGGCGCAAAUGCUGGGAGUCGCCGGCAUCGGUGGAUUGCUGGGAAGCACAAUCGCCAAGAAAAUCGAGAUUACAGACCUGCCUCAACUUGUUGCUGGUUUCCACAGUUUGGUGGGCCUGGCCGCAGUGCUGACGUGCCUGGCUACGUACAUGCACGACUUCCCGGCUAUGGCGCUGGACCCAACGGCCGCCACUCUUAAGACCUCGCUGUUCCUCGGGACCUACAUCGGUGGAAUUACUUUCACCGGUUCGCUAGUAGCGUACGGCAAGCUGCAGGGGUCGCUGUCGUCGGCGCCGCUGCUGCUGCCGGGCCGGCACGCCCUCAACGCGGCGCUGCUGGCGGGCUCGCUGGGCUGCGGCGGCGCGCUGCUCGCGCUGCCCGACGCGCCCGGCCUGCCGCUGCUCUCCGCCGCCGCCGUGCUCAGCGGCAUACAGGGGCUCACGCUCACCGCUGCUAUCGGAGGAGCUGACAUGCCGGUGGUGAUCACAGUCCUGAACAGUUACUCGGGCUGGGCGCUGUGCGCCGAAGGCUUCAUGCUCAACAACUCGCUCAUGACCAUCGUGGGCGCUCUCAUCGGCAGCUCCGGUGCCAUUCUGUCCUACAUCAUGUGCAAGGCGAUGAACCGCUCGCUACCCAACGUGAUCCUGGGCGGGUACGGCGUGACGAGCAGCGGCUCGGCGCGGCCGGCGGGCGCCACGCACACCGAGCUCAACGUCGACUCCGUCGCCGACCUCAUCUCCCGCGCCUCCAACAUCAUCAUUACACCCGGUUACGGUCUGUGCGUUGCCAAAGCACAGUACCCAAUCGCCGAGUUGGUGGACAUGCUUAAGAAACAAGGCAAAAAAGUGCGCUUUGCGAUCCACCCUGUUGCAGGUCGCAUGCCGGGACAACUGAACGUGCUGCUGGCCGAGGCCGGCGUGCCGUACGACGACGUGCUGGAGAUGGAUGAAAUCAACGACGACUUCCCCGACACAGACCUCGUGCUAGUUAUUGGUGCCAAUGAUACUGUGAACAGUGCUGCCGAGACUGACCCCAACUCUCCCAUAGCCGGAAUGCCUGUACUCAAAGUGUGGAAAUCCCAACAGGUGGUAGUCAUGAAACGAUCCAUGGGAGUUGGAUAUGCGGCUGUGGACAACCCGAUUUUCUACAAUCCGAACACGGCUAUGUUGCUGGGUGACGCCAAGAAGACCUGUGACGCCCUCCUGGAGAGGGUCAAGCACCUCACCGCGUGAGCUCCACACAUUACAUCGACAGUGGACGAUUACUAUAACUACACUGGUAAUUGGGGAUGAGAUCUUUACUACUUCAACGAAUAAGGCUGCGACUACAAUGUGGGACUGAUUUUAUGUUAAUGAAUUAUGUACUUGUUUUUCCAAAUGAUUCAAUAUCAGUGUAACAAUAAUUAAAUUAUUAAACUUGUAUAAUAUUCUAAGUGAUAUCUAAUCUAACUAUCUAGUCUUUUCAAAAAUAUAAUUGUUUGCCAAUUGUUUGCCAUACAAAUUAUAUACUUAAUCAGUCUUCCAUUUAAUGAUUGAUAAAGUUUUAUUCGAUAUUUUUAUUUAAAAAAUAUGGUUUAUCGAUAAUAAUAUCAAUAAUACAUGUUCAUAAAUAACUGAGAACAAGCCAAUCUCUUUUUUAAUAUUGUUCUGUAUUAUAAACCAAUUCAUAAUUUUUUAAAUAUUUUUUAUCAACAUGAAUGUAUGAAUUUAUUAGCGUAACGUGUGGAUGGUUUAUAAUCAAUUAUAUUGUUACCAGAGUAUCCUCCCUUCACAUUCCAUUAUAUACUAUUAUUAUUUUACUUGGAAACAGGAGGCGUAGUAUGGAAUUUGUUUACCUAAUCGUCGAUAAAGUACCUAUCUGUCACUGGUCAGAGAGACGCGCGCUUUGUCUAUUGAAAUAAUCUGCUGGGCCAACGUAGACCUGACGGUUUUGUGAGCAUAAGCGUGCAUUUAAAAUAUGGAUAAGUACCUAGUUAUAUUAAUAGUUUAAUCGCCACAUGCACCAUCCCACUAACCCAGGGUUAACCGGUUACCCAUAGUCAAAUUGUACUGGUAACCAUAGUAACUCCAGCCACUUACUCCAACAGCUUAACUGGUUAGCCACGGGUUAGUAGGAUGGUGCAAGUGGCCCUAAGUGUUUUUUUUCAACUUUUACUAUAUUUUUACCCUAUGUGCCAUUAUUACUGAGAUAUACUUGGAUAUUUAUAUGCCCGCAACCCAUUUCGUUGCGGGAUUUGCGCAAACAUGGAUUCAUCACUUUCGUUUGUGAUAUUAAUUAAAGUGAAGCAUGUCAUGGUGCCGGCAUACUUAAUUUCGGAAAUAUCUGGUUGUAUCUGGCAACCAUUAAUUGGUAGACUUAUGUGCGUAAAUGAAGUUUAUUUUCGAAGUAAUUUUAAGUUUUUUACAGGAAGAUAAAAUCAUAACAGCCCUAAACUAUGAACUGAUGCACACUCUACACACUACUACUACAGAGGGCCUACCGCGAACCACGUUCUGUCGCACUUGUAAAGUACGUAAUUGUGACAGGGAGGGAGGCAACAUGCCGAACCUAAUUCGCCGUAGGCUCUCUGGACAGCUUGAUGUUUAACAACAGGCAAUAAUUCAACUCAUCAAUGUAAUAGAUAACUUGCUAGAUGCUAGUACUUAAGAUCCUGAUAAACUAUUUCUGUACCUAAUGUUCUAUGACAUUCUUUUAAAGCAAUUAAUAAACAAUUCAAUAAGAAUA